AUGGGCCCAAUCUAUGCCGUCGUGAAUGGAGAACUCUACGGAUACGAAUACUACCGCACAGAGCUGGAGCAAGAAUAUGAUUUCAAAGGUACCAGUGACUGCGAAAUCGUUCUCCCGGUGCAUUACUUGAUCUGCGAGAACUACGACAAUAGCGUGCAGCAAACUAUGUACUGUGACAGUGACUAUCCGGAUAAGCGGGUGUUGGAGACACGGUCUGAAGCUGAGGUGAUAGAGGGAGUUCGAGAAUACGUGACCGAGGCCGUCAGGCUCAGACUCCGAGCGGAUGUCCCAGUUGGAGUCUAUCUAAGUGGAGGCUUGAAUUCUUCGUCUGUCGCGGGAAUCGUCGCUCAUCUAAUCAAAGAAGAAGGGGCCAAGCUCGGAACGAUAGCAGUAGGGACUUAUCGCGGCUACGAUGCUUCACGGUGCAAUUUGACAAGGACAGAGGCGUAG